AUGACACCACCCUCUCUUACAAUACCAAUCACAGUAACGAACACGGACUCGUCACGUGACUCAAAUACAAAGAAAACAAAGAACAAGAAGCAUCAUCAUCAAGAUUCUCAGAUUCAGAUCAACCCUAAAUGGAAAUCCCAUGUGCAGCAACAAAUCUACUCCACCAAGCUCCGUCAAGCCAUAACAUCGCUCAACUCAACAAGCGCUCCCCGCCGUGGAAAAGCCGUACGAGAAGCAGCCGACAGAGCUCUCGCCGUGACUGCCAGAGGAAGAACCCGGUGGAGCCGAGCCAUUCUGACGAGCCGGCUCAAACUCAAGUUCAGGAAGAAUAAGAAUAAGAAUAAGAAUAAGAUACAUCGAGUAAAGGCGUUAAAGUCGUUGCCGUCAACGCGAUACAAGAAGUCGAGAAUCAAUGUUUUCCGGUUGAGAGGAAAGGUGGUUCCCGGUGUGCAGAGUAAAGUAAGGUUUCUUGGACGGUUGGUUCCUGGUUGUAAGAAGGAACCGUUACCGGUAAUAUUGGAAGAAGCUAUUGAUUAUAUACCCGCGCUUGAGAUGCAGGUUAGAGCCAUGACUGCUCUUUUUAAUCUGUUAUCAACGUCCACUUCCGGCGCCGGUGACGGUGAAGGUUCUAGUUCCGGCUGUUAA